AUGCCUCCUUCAGAAACAUCAAGCGCCGACGGAUCCGAAGGGACUUCCAAGCGAUCCGACUCUGAACUCUCUUCCCUCGUGUUUGAAGCGCAACGGGACUUCGACUCCGAGGCAUACUUCAAGCAGCGCCUCGAAGAAGGACAGCAAAAGGAAGUCGCUGAUGACCAGGCGCAACGAUGGAAAGUAGACGACGAGCGAAAGUUGCAGCGACAGGUGUGGUUGGACGGCCUGGAUGAAGAGCAAUGGGAUAAUUUGACCAGGAUCCACCUCCCAUACCACCACACUGGGGAGGUCAAUGUGGACGAUAUGAAGGCCGAGAGGGAGACAACUGGACUUCUCUAUGUUCGGGGCUUCUAUUGGCCUACUGAAUCCAACGGAAACCAGGAAAUCCCCUCUGCAUUUACACCUCUGCGAGACCUCAAGCGCUUCCCUCUACCUCGUAUUGAAUAUCAGGACUGCGCACCAGAAUACAGCGAUCGGAAGCGGGGCCAGCAAGUCCUUAUGCGGUACGAUUCGCACAAGAAGUUCGAGUUGCAAGACCCAGUAACCGGGAAGGUGCAAGCAGUGAGAGCAUUUGGCUCAGAUCCCUGGAACAGCUACAAGGAUUUUACCAAAGAGGAGCUACAAUCCCUCAAAUGCGCUCACCACAUCAACUUUUUUGGCCGGGCUGUACCUCAUCAAUCUGGCACCCGCCCAGCGACCACAAUCGCAAUUCUGAAGUCCAACCCAAAGAACCUCAAUGUCACAACUCCGGACGGCCUCUGGAAGAGCACCAUUAUGGAGUGUGCGACACAAAUGUUGGACCCUAUCCUUUACUAUGGCAAGCCCGAAAUUCUGGAUACCUUGCGAGGUACCGACUUGGAAGAUGCAUGCAUUGGACAGGCCGAAAUCAUAUAUACCUCGUUGGGCUGGUGGCUCCAAGACACAUACCCGGUCGGACAAUGCCCGGUCGACUCGGAUGCACUCGACCCAUUCACUUGGCCUGAAGGUUCCAUCGUCAUGAACGGAGUUACUGACGGAUUCGCAUCACGGUUGGAAAUCAUAACCUCUUCCACCGAGGAGAAGAAAUCCGACGACAUGGCCCGCAAAACCGCUUUUCAAGGCCGCGUGGCUAAAGGACGUGUGAAAUCCCGACUCGGCAUGUGCUGCUGGACUCAGAAAGAUAUCACCCAAGAGCUGGCUUAUGUGCCUCGUCCGAGAACCGGCUUGCUGACUCCGUCAUUUCCGAGUAGUAAGUGUUCAACGAAUGUGGCGGAUUCUGUGACUGAAUAUACGCCCCAUUCGACAACUUCAAUUGCUGAUUUUGCCUCAACCUCAGACCCCUCUGCGGUCGUUGCUAUACCACCUGAUCGACCUGCGCUUGUGUCUGUCAGACCUGGACGUUAUGUGGCUGCUAUUGUCGAAACCCAUCAAGAAUUCAGCGAGCGGGUUCGUGCGUUUGACGUUGCAAAUGACCUUCGACCUCUCAAGAAUUGGGCGGAUGAGCACGAGGACGAUGACGCUGAAGACGGAGAAGAAACGACCGAAACCGAGUUAUGGCGUCAACGUAUGAGGACUCAAGAGCUACAAGAUGGCCUUGGACGCGUCUCUCGGGAUUGGGCUGAUGAGUUCGAGCCCGAACAUUCCACAGCACCAGCCACCCAACAGCCAUCUCCCAAAGAUGCGGUCUUCCAACUAGCAGAUACUCAAGCAGUAGUCGCUGAAGUUCCAAUUUCGGACUUCGACCGACGACUGCGCGAAAGCGAUGCCAUCACUGGAUUCCAACCUGUUUCGAGAAACUGGGCUGACGAAGUCGAUGGAGAUGGAACUCUGGCGUCCUUGACACCAAGUAGGGUCGAAACACCUGUCGAAGUUGUCCCCACGAUGGUCGUCAUGUCUCAUAUGCCUAGCACCAUCGCUACACCUCUGGUCAACGUUGAGACGCCCGUUGAGGCUGAGCUUGGCUCCAAUGUUGAGCGCGACGCCGAAGCUGACCUCCUCGCGAUGGCACAGUCUUGUGCCGGAGGUCAGCCCGCUGCUGAUGAAGCUCAAGGCUCUGUCAAGGUGUCGCUCCCUCUAGGAGUUGUUGAAGACGCCGACUCAAACGGUCAUCGCCGAGUGUCAGCCUCUUCCGCUGACUCAACAACAAAUACCAGCAGUCCUCCGACUUCUCCAGAGCUAGAGGCGGAUGAUGACAUCAACAGUAUAUAUGAUAACGCUGGGACUGGCGGUCUCUAUCAGCCUUCCCUUCCAAAAGCUGCAGAACCCUCCGACAGUGGGUACAUUGAUGCCAUGGACUUGGAUGAAGAAUAUCAACUCCAACACGGUGAACCACUUGUCCUCCCUCCCGCAGCGCCUUCCCUGCCUUAUCCACCAGCUGGCCUUGAAGCUCCUUAUCUGGAUGUCGUACGAAUCCCGGGUCUUGAACUGAUCAACGAAGAUGACAAGACAUCCUCACCCCCAGCGACCGCAACUCUGGAACCUCAAACAUCUGCAAUGGUUGCAUGGGCAUCUCGACAGCACCUUGAUCGACUCAUUGCACGGAAUCUUCAGGUCGUUGUGUCUACCAUCCCAGCUAUGAUACCAAAUAUGGUGUUGCCAGGAUUGCACAACUUCGGGAAUGGUGCUUGGACCAUGACUCUUCCUGGUCAGCGGAUCGGUCUGGUGCGCUCACCAUUCAUUUCAUUUGAGGUAAGGGACUGUAUUCCCAACCGGGUCAUUGAAGAAGUCGUUGGUUAUGAGGAGGAGGUUGAUGGCACCCUCAUCAACGACAACGUCACCUCGUCGUGUGACAGUCAUAUCGACACAGUUGCCCUUCACAAUACCGCAGAGUGUACCACCGAAGACGGUUCUGAUACACGAUCCUCUGAGGUGAGCCCAUUGACGCCACCGACAUCGGCUGGCUCAUCCACAUCCGAUCGUCGUAGGGGCCGCCGUGUGCGUUUCGCCCUCCCCAUGAGUCGUAAGCCGUCAUUGGCCACGACUGCCUCCACGUCUUCAUCAAUGGCUACGUUAUACGAGAUGGGAGCCCAAUUCCCGCCAUCGGUGUUCGAUCAAUGGCCAAGUUUCGAUAACGACCUUUAUCCGGAGAUCCCAGAACGCACGUCAUCAUUGGCGUUCCGUCGGGAGCACAUUGUGCUGGGGAGCUGUUCGUUAUCGAUGACUUCUGGGAAGCGUGGCACGUUCGCCAACUCCGAGCACGACGCCGGAGUCCUCGCGCCUCGUCCAGUCCUGCCGAGCUUCCGUCGAACCCGAUGUGAUUGGCAGCACGCCAGCUGGAACUCUGUUGCCCGCCGAUUGACGAAGCGUCCACCUGCAACCGUGACAACGACCAACGUUGCCACCACUCUUCGAUCCCGCGAUGGGAUCAUGACUCGCGCCAACCACAAUGAAAGCCAAUUUUUCGAGUUUCCCGAGUCCAGGCGGGUGAGCGGCGAAACUGUUGGUCCAGGGAUGGGACAAAAGACGAAGGGUUUCUUCAAGAAGGGCAUGGAGAAGCUCAAGACAAUGCUUCGCAAGAAGAAAUGA